ACUCUAGUUUGUUAUUGUUUGGUUUUGUUUGGGGCUGUUUUUGGGGGAAAAACGCGCAACGUGGACGUUGAAUAGAAUAGAUCGGCACCGAGCAUAGCUCACCUGUGCUCCCCCCUUCUCCACAAAAGAGCAGAAAGAAACACCUGUGCCCCCUGCCCCCGCCGUCCUCACCCACCGACGCGCCAUCAAGUGUUUUUCGUUUCAGUUCUUGCGAGGGUUUUUUCAAGAUAGCAUCUGGUUGAUCUCAAUGUGGUGAUCUGGCAAACACGACAGCACACUGAUACACGCAUAUAUAGAAUAUAUAGAAUACUAGUAUAACGUAGAUAAAAUAUAUAGAAAUUUGGCGAUCCAUGAGCGAGGCCAAGAUGAACGGACGCUCCAUUCGCAUCAACCGGCUGCCGGCCACCAUUGUGGCCAUCCUGCUGACCAUUGUCCUGGUCUACUUCCUCAAUUUUCACCAGGAAGAGCGACCGGCAAUCUACGGCAUGCUAAGAAGUGAGAAUCCCAGCCGCGUCAAUCUCCGCAAGAUGCUCAUUGCCGCCAUACAGGCCGCCCAGCGUGGCGGGCUCGAGGUUCUGGACGUGGCCCGGAGUCGCCAGCUGAAGGAGCGCAGCAAGGGCAAGACGGACGAGGGCGUCAAUGAUCCGUUCACGGAUGCCGACGGCAGGUCGCAUUGUGUGAUGAAACAGGGCCUCCAGCGAAUCUUUCCCCGCGUACAAAUCUUCUCCGAGGAGGACAAGGAGCACUGCAAACAGGCGCACGGCUAUGAUCUGGAUCCAACGGUCCUCCACGAAACCGCACAGAUUCCGGAUGUGACCGUCAAUGCGCAGGAUGUCACUGUUUGGGUUGAUCCGCUGGAUGCCACCAAGGAGUUCACCGAGGAGCUGUACGAGUACGUGACCACCAUGGUGUGCGUGGCGGUGGCCGGCAGGCCCAUCAUCGGCGUGAUCCACAGCCCCUUCAAUGGGCAAACAGCGUGGGCGUGGGUGGGCAACUCGAUGUCCGAGUACCUGUCCAAUCUGCAUCCGCAGCAUUCGCCAAACAAUCCGGCGCCCAUCAUCACAGUGUCGCGAUCCCAUACGGCGGGAGCCAAGGAUCUGGCGAGGGGCAUCUUUGGCGAGAAUGUCAGCCUGCUGACGGCGGCGGGUGCUGGCUACAAGGUGCUCCAGGUGGUGGCCAACAAUGCCACUGCCUAUCUGCACACGUCCAAGAUCAAGAAGUGGGACAUUUGUGCCGGCGAUGCCAUUCUGCACGCGUUGGGCGGCACAAUGACCACGCUGAACGACCAGUUGAUUAACUACGGACCAGAGGAAUCGCCAGUCAAUUCGGAGGGCCUGCUGGCCACCUUGGAGCAGCACGACGAGUACAUGGACAAGCUGUCCAAAUAUCGCGAGGCGCACAAUGGCAAGCUGGCGUAGAGGUUGGCCAGCUCUUAGAACCCUAGCUCCCCUAGAUUCUACCCCCUCCAGAGGAAACCACCAUUCCCCCUCACCGAUCGUUUAGGCAGCAUUCAAAAAUAGCUCUAAGUUUUAAAGAAGGAAACCUGUUUUUCGUAAUCUCAGUGUUUGUGCGUGUGCUUCUUUUUUUUUGCAUAAUUACGUUGGUUGUGCGGCGGCGCGACGGGGUCAUGAACCCGGACCAAACCAAACCGCCCAGUUGGCUCUAAAUAAACUUAUUUUAAAUUGAA